UCACAGUGUGACACCUGGCGGAUGUAAACAAAGAAGCAUGAGCAGAGUUAGCUUCACUGCUGUGUGGACUGAGCACGGAUGUAUUAUAGUAUGAAUGAGAAAUAUCAGAGCGAUAAAGUAACGAUGUGUUCAGUUGAGUAUCUAAGAGAGUUGAUCAGCGACAGACUAGCUGUUGCUGCUGGAGAAAUAUUCACAGCGUUUGAAAAAACCAUCGUCCAGUACCAGGAGGAAAUCGAUCGUCAGCGCAGACUGGUGGAUGUCAUCUGGAAACCACACAUCCCCUUACUACCCACAGAGCUCCCACAGUCUUAUGUCUGUGAGAAUGAGAAGACUGUCGUUGACCAUCAGCCCCAUGACCAGGAGAGAAAGUCCAUGGUGGAUCAUGAGGACCUAGAGCCUCUACGGAUUAAAGAUCAGCAGGAGGAACUCUGCACCAGUUGGGACCAAUCAAACCCAGAUAUUUCUCAAAUUAAAAUGGAACAGGAAGAAUUGUGCACCAGUCUGGACCACUCAAACCCAGAGAUUUCUCAAAUUAAAAUGGAACAGGAAGAACUGUGCACCAGUCUGGACCAAUCAAACCCAGGGUUACCACAAAUUAAAGUGGAACAGGAUGAACUCUGCUCCAGUCAAGAGGAAGAGUUAAUUGGAUUGAAACAGGAGACUGAUACCUUUGAGGUGACUCCUGCUGAUGAGGAAAGUGACCACAGUGAACCAAAACCAAACCGUGAUCAGCUCCUGUUUCACAUCUCUUGUGUAGCUAAGAGCCCAGAUCAGGAAGGAAGCAAGGAUGUAGACUCAGGAUCAACUACAUGUAUCGAGCAGAAACCAAGACAUCAGAGUGACAGCAGUCACAGUAAUGAUGUAGACAAUGCUCCAUUGUCAGAGAGACAGUGUGAUAAUGACAAGGCAACAAAAUCUCUACCAUGUGAUGUCUGUGGAAAAGCUUUUAGGUAUAAAUCAGAUUUAUUCAUACAUCGCAGAACCCACACAGGUGAGAAGCCGUAUUCUUGUGAAACCUGUGGAAAAAGCUUUAGUCGACGGGACCAUUUGACUUACCACAUGAGAUGUCACACAGGUGAGAAGCCAUAUUCUUGUGACACCUGUGGAAAAAGCUUCAUUCAACGGACCCAUUUGACUUACCACAUGAGUUGUCACACAGGUGAGAAGCCGUUUUCUUGUGGAACCUGUGGAAAAAGCUUCAGUCAACGGACCCAUUUGACUUACCACAUGAGAUGUCACACAGGUGAGAAGCCAUAUUCUUGUGACACCUGUGGAAAAAGCUUCAUUCAACGGACCCAUUUGACUGACCACAUGAGAUGUCACACAGGUGAGAAGCCGUUUCUAUGUGGCACAUGUGGAAAAAGCUUCAGUCAACGGGGCUCUUUGACUGUCCACUUAAGAUGUCACACGGGUGAGAAGCCAUAUUCUUGUGAAACCUGUGGAAAAAGCUUCAGUCAUCGGACCUAUUUGACUGCCCACAUGAGACGUCACACAGUUGAGAAGCCAUAUUCUUGUGAAACCUGUGGAAAAAGCUUCAGUCAUCAGACCUAUUUGACUGCCCACAUGAGACGUCACACAGUUGAGAAGCCAUAUUCUUGUGAAACCUGUGGAAAAAGCUUCAACCGUCAUCAUCGAUUAAAAGCCCACAUGAGAAUCCACACAGCUGAGAAGUCGUGAUCCUGAAACAUCUGUGGAAAACAUAAUGUCAGAACUAAGGUUGAAACAACAUAGAAGAAUUGGUAGCGGUUAAAAGUAGAUGUUUUAGAUUUAAAGUACCUUUAGUCUGUGCUUUAACAACAAUUGUGAGGAAGUAUGUAAGCAAUCCUUGAUGAUCAGACCAGAUGGAGUCUGGACUGUGGUGGUGGUGGAGCAGGCAGAAGAACCAAACUGAAUGUCUGGAUGGAUAUGGUAUUGGUACAGACUGCUACAUUUCUGCUAUCAUGACAUCCUUCAUCAGCAGAGCAGUGACUGGAGAUAUUGUGAAGCUGUUUGGAACAUUUUCACAUCCUGCUGAGAGAACAUGGCUGUUCAGGUGUGAACAUACUGCUGGAAUCCACUCAGCUUGAGCUCUGCCGUCUUUCAAGUAAAAGGAGGAAACGAGAUACAGAGACAUUGUGACAGUAGGACACAACAGAGUGUGUCACUGCAGCAGAGGAGAUCUGGACGUGAAAUAAAGUUAUAAUAAAACGUGCAGCUCCAUAACUGCUUCAUGAAAUGUUUUGAAUGUUUUCAAACAGAUGUACAUUUACAAGUUGUUUCAUAAUGAAUGUAACAUUGAAGAGUCCCAGCAAGAAUAUCUCUGAGUCAGAUAUCAAAGACAUAACCAACAUGAUUAUGUUUUCAAGCAACAGACAAGUGGUUUUACUAGUAGUAGCUGAUACACUCCUGCAAAUGUCAAAACCAGAAAUGGUAAAAACAGGUGAAGCUGUGCUGCAGUUUCUGCUGGUUAGAUAAAGGUCUUAUGCUAUUUAUUUCUUCUAUUGUCACCACAUAGGUCAUCUGUGUGAUUUGUUAGUAGGAUCUCAUUGUGUCGUCAUACAGCACAUUGAACCCUUGUAUUGUCUGAACGUCCUGAACACUCCUCCUGUCCUCAGGGUCAGAAAUGACCUGCCUCCACUGAGCCUCUAAAAUAGAGCAGCUUAAUGGAAUUUUUAACCAAAAAUCUAUUUUACAUGAAGAAACAGACUGUCAUGCAUCACACACUUUGUGAAUGCCUCUGUUUUUCCUUCUUCAGAGGGUAGAAAGACUGUAUUUAAUCAGUGAACACCAUUCAUUUUUAUACCAUUGUUUAUGAUGUAACUGUUUUCUUUCUUUAAGUAGAGGUUUGUUAUCACUAUUAUUGCUGCUAAAGGUACUGCAUAGGUGUAAACAUUUCUUGUUUUGCAAGAGAUAAUACUUCUAUAGCCUAAUAAAGUACCAGAAAUGUGCAGAAAUGAACUUGAAAUGCAUUUUUGAAGGGAAACAACAAUGUACUGUAUACUGCACGAUGGAAUGUAAAACUACAAAAUACUAGAAUUCUCUCAUCUUUUGAAUCAUUGCUCCCACUGACAAGCUGUAUAACCUACAUCAAUCAUAAGAAUAGAAAAAAUAAUAGAUUCAAGCAAAAUAUUACGAACAUAUUAAGCUCUAAUUAACACAUGGAGGACAGAAUGCAACUAUAUUUGUCACACGUGCAGCACACAGUAUUUGUUUUAACGGUCCUUGUUACUCCUGGAUGACUGAAAAAAAAAAUCUGAUCUCUGACCUGCUGGGUACUGAAACCUGAAAACUGCCCUCAUGGCUUCAGCAAAGAGAGAACUGGUGGUGCUGUCAUCUGCAGCACCUUUCUAGCCUCUGAACACAUUCCCCGUUAGUAAACGAUGCUUUCAAGAAAUGUGUCAUUUGUUUGAAAUUGGUAAAACUUGAGAUUUGUUGUGGAUGGUUGAUGUGACACCUGUACAAGAAAGUUUUUUUUGUUUUUAUGAGAUCAAUCAGUAGCACACUCUCAGUUUCUGCUUGCGUGUACAUGUGUGUGUUGCAUAGCUUGGACGCUUUCUCGGCUGCAUGCCAUUGUUGUUUGGACUACAUGGACUUCAAGGUUGAUUUGUUAGUGCGUCACAUCCGUGUUACGCUGAUUGGUUCUUUCUCGUUCAAGCUGCAUUCGUUAUUAGCCCCUCCUUUUUGAAAUCGUCUCCUGUCGUCACAAUGCCAGACUGCCUUUGUUUGUAUUUAUAUUAAUACAUAAAUAAAGUCAGUCUGGAUUUUCCAGGCAAUGUGUUGCA